UGAGACGUGCGUGUGUGUGUAUGUUUUAUUUGUAUGAACUGGUGAGAAGAAAUUGGGUUUAAGGUUGCUGCUGUCCGUGAAUGUUGCUAGUCGUGGGGAUAAUCAAAAGGUACUGAGCAGGGUUUUGAAUGAGGGUCAGUCAAUGACCUGUUGCGUAGAUCUAUAGUACUGCACAAAGCAGAAUUUGUCUUUUAUUUGACAGUUUCUUUCUCUCUUUUUUUGCAUUCUCUUACACUACUGAGGCAUCAAAAUGGCAGCUAUCGUAUCUGUCACAUACUGGAAGAAUUGUACCCGAUGCUGUCAUAUGAUCGUUUAUCUUAAUCUUUUUUUCUCUUUUUUUUCGAUUUCGAUUUUGCUUGUUAAUUGUUAUUGUUUUUCUCUGAUGGAGUAAUUCCUAUGACUCAGUGGGAAAGGUUUUGAGUCAGGCCGUGUGCUUUGACGCACACCUAAACUGUCGCGCAGACAGGACGGCCUGCCGAACGGUGUGUUUUUUCCGUUACGUCUCACCUGCAUGAAGGAAUCCCUGGGCGCCAUGUUUGCCCUGACUGCUCCAGAACCAUGUCCAGUCCAACCCCACGUCUCCCCUCCCCUCUCCUCUCCUCUCCUGCCUCAUUUUCAGUUUUGUGAACGUGAGGCGGAGCUCCCCCCAUGCAAGGCCACUGCCUUAUGUUGCUGUGUAUAUACACCUCCUCAAGAUGACAUUGCAGUCAAAGAAAUACAAUGAAACUUCAUUUCAGAACAAGACUCGAAUCUGUGUGUUUUUUGCCUACUGUCUGAGUUGAUAAAUUGAGGUCAUACAACAUUCAGAAACAUACACACAACGCCACAGUUCAUAUGAUACUGUGCCUUAAAAUAGUAUAUAGUAUAGUAUACCACACAAGUACCUUACCACUUAUAUAGUAUAUAUGGUUAAGGUACUUUUUAUAUAAAUGGCUUACAUAAUAACAAAUAAGUCAACUAUCUAAUAUUGCCUUUUCUCAACUGGUUAUUGGAAAGACCUACACAACAGUAGCUGUUAGAGGGUGGCAAGUUAAAUAGUAUGUGCUGCUGACAAGCAUCCCUGACCUACAUUCAUGUUCGUAGAACUAUUUACAACGACUCUUGGGAAGUUACUAUCAUCGUUCCUUCAUGUGACCGCAAGCAUAUAGCUAUAUGCAGUUGAGUGCCUUGCUUGUUUAUGCACAGGGACACCCUGCCUAUGCAUGUAGUCAGAUGACUACAAUGUCUGUGCACUCCCCCACUCAAGUCUAUAAAUAACUAACCUAAUUUUACCCCGGGGGAGGAGGGGGGGUAAAAGUCACUCUCCUUACCACCCUUCACGUAGCCAAGCCUUCAAGAAAGUCACACGCAGAGGGUGUGUGCGAAAGAGAGUUUGUGUGUGGCAUGGUCACUCAACGUCUGCCAUGCAAUGGGACUUAGUUUUUCCCAUCAACACGUGGUGACAGGAGAGGAGACCCCCAAGCGAGUGUCCAUGGAGGAGUCAAGGGCGUCCAGGGUGGAGUCUGCCCGGCAACUGAAGGCCCGCUUCCUGCUGGCCCUGCAGGAGGACGAUGCACAGGAGGUGAAGAGGAUCCUCCGCACCACCAGCAUAGACAUAGACACUGUGCUUGAGGUGGAGGACCGAGACAAGGUCCUGGCUUCCUACAAGCAAGGCUACUGGUUGCCCGACUACAAGCUGGAGUCGUCGUGGGCGAUGGGCAUCCACGUGUGCAUGAUGUACAACUCUCUGGCGUGCGCCUCAGUGCUGCUGGAGAGCGGCGCCGCCAUGAACGGCACGCCCAACGGGAAGACACCGCUGCACGUGGCCUGCGCGGUCUCCCACGGCGACUGCGUGGCCCUGUUGCUGAACCACGGGGCCAGGGUCAACAGGCUGUCGCUCAGCGGCCACGCGGCCCUGCACUACUGCAUCACCAGCCAGUCGGUGGAAUGCGCCCAGCACCUCAUUCUCAAAGGUGCCGAUGUGAACAUGGCCAGCCAGAGCAGCGAUGAGGACACACCACUGCUCACAGCGGCCCGCUUCGGCGUUCCAGCGCUAGCAGCGCUGUACCUGACCAACGGCGCCGACGUUAACGUCAGUAACUCGCGUUUUGAGACGCCGCUCAUCACUGCCACCUACUGGGCGUUCUGUACACGCGAGCAGACCCUGAACCCCGAUCACCACCUGGUGUGUCGCAUCCUCCUCGACCACGGAGCCGCCCUGGAGAUGCGGGAGGACGACUGCAAAACCGCGCUGCACAAGGCGGCCUGGAAUGCAGACCACGUGAUGAUAGAGAUGCUGCUGGCCGCCGGUGCCGAUUCCCAGGCGAUGGACAUGAACGGCUGCUCGCCCAUCCAGUACCUGCUCAAAGUCACGCCGGUGCGGCCCGCCUCCGUCCCUGAGCUCUGCUAUCAGCUGAUGCUCAACCACGGCGGGGCCCGCGUCUACCCGCCUCAGUUCCACAAGGUCCUGCAGGCCUGCCAUGGUUUCCCCAGGGCGGUGGAGGUCAUGGUGAACUCCUACGAGCGCAUCAAAGCCACCAAGAAGUGGAAGACAUCUAUCGCUGAUGAAUCCUAUCAGCAACACAAGGAGUUCUACGACUCCAUGUUCGCCGUGUGCUCCAACAAGCCCCGGAGCUUGAUGCACUUGGCCCGCUGUGCCAUACGUGCCAAGAUGCUGUGGCGGUGCCACAAGGGGGCCCACGAGCUCCCCAUCCCACCCUCCAUGGUGCGAUACAUCCUCCUGGAGCCAGAGGGAUUCAUAUACUGAUGUUUGGACAGUCCAGGAGCAGCUUCAAAACAUAUUUCCCCAGAGUGCCUAUCUGUCCUAGGAGUUUGCUGGUGUGAACCUCUGAACAGGCCUCAUUCAGAGGUGUUAUCCUGUGAACAUUUCUGGACUUCUGCCAAGGAGUAAUGGGAUGGCUGUUUCAGAAUGGAACAGCUUCAGUCUACUGCAGCAGCUUAUUCACAGCAGCACUCGGGGAUGACUCACACCUGCAUGCAGAGGUUUUUUUUCUUCUUUUCUCUCUGUCUGUCCAUUCUUCUGAGGACGUCUCCCUACUCACUGUGCACUGAAAGCUCUGCAGUGGAACAAUAAUGCUACCCUUACCUGACUUCCAAAUGGUUUCCUCAUCACCAAUGAAAGUAGAAAAGUCCUCACUAAAACAAGACGGAGAGCGCACAUCACACCAGUAUUAAAAUCACUGCACUGGCUACCUGUUAGUUUU